CCUCAACCAGCUUCAUUAGCACCCUGUCCCAGACAAAUUACCCAAUUCUCGGUUAAAAAAUAAAAACAUAUCCAUUUGCUUCGUUUAAAGCUCCGUAACCAUGUCCGACGACUCAACGGAAACCCGUCAAUUGGACUUAGCUGGGGACGACUUACCCUCCGGUGCCAUCAACGUCAAUGACAGCAAUGCCAAUAGCCCCACCUCAGUUUCUGCCAUAGGUGAAGCCCUAUCCGCCUUGAUUUCCUCUGUGAUUAGGGAAUUCGACGGCAGAGCUGACGCGACUUCCCGCAGUCAAGAGCAACUCUCUUUCGCCCUCGAUCGUCUCACCGGAGAACUUGACAAGCUGUUGGAGGAUGUGCCAUUCCCUUUCAUCAUGCAACACGCUGGGAGGAUAUCUGCUGUUAGAAAGAGAGUCACAUCCCUAAAUUAUGUUUUGAAAUCCUUACAAAGGCGUGUAGAUAAUAUUGACAGGAUGGUUGCGCCCACAGGCGUAACGCAUGAAAGAAAGACCGGGGAUGAUGGGGGACAACAUUGAGAUGUCUCUUCGAAGAGGUAAUCUUAGUUCCAGUGUUCCACGUACUGAUGCCAACCUCUUUCACAUUAUAUUACUCUUAAUAAGGAUAAGUGAGCUGUGCAAUUGUGUACAGUUAUCCAAUACAUCAUCUGCGAUAUUUUUUUCGCAUUUAUUUUUUUCCCAAAUACUGUAAAACGUGAAAAAAACCAUUUCAUCACAGCCUACGUGAAGGUCUUGCUGUGUGACCGAGAUGUCAUAGCCUCACAGGGUCAAAGCUUGGGAGCGGCUUCUUGUCAAAAUGACAAGGGAAGGCUUGCCCCCUAUAUACCCUUGUGGCGGGACCCUUCCCGGGACCCUCGCCCUAUGGGGACGCCAAUGCGUACAGGGCUGCCAAAAAAAGAGGCAAUUCCAUUCAUUUCCUUCAAAUUUCAGAGGAAGAAGUUAUCGGUGUUGUUCUUUAAUAGAUUAAGUGACAGACAUUGCCUUGUCAUUCAUAAGUAUGUCAAGACUUGCCUGAUUCACAAUAAGACACAUACUCCGUAUGUGUGAAGCUUUUAUGAAGCAAUAGUAAUGCAAUGAAUGAUUCACCCAAUGCAAGCGUGGACAUAAUCUUUGAAGUGUGCCCAUGUCGGUUGACGCGGCAAUUACUAUUCUCUCUCCACUGUGAACAUUUCAUUUCGUCUAGCAGGUGUAAUUCGCAUGUUGCUUUGCUGCAUGGUAUGUUGGCCUGUCCUGUUUGCGUGUGUCCUUGUGCUUUUGCAAGUGUUGCUAUUAUGUACAGAGGCAGCAGAGUUGUGGAAUAACUAUGACACCAACUUAGGGGCUGAUUGAUUUUUUCCAUAAGUCUUCUAUGGAUUAAGUUGUGAUUAAGUUUAUUUUUGGAUUGUCUACUCAAUGAGGACAUAUGUUUCAUAAUGAGUUAAAAAAAAUUGGUUGGGUAAACAUCUUAAUAGGUGUCUUCAUGUGGAAGGAGUAGUCACAACUUAUAAGUAUAUCACGGCUUCAUAAACAAGUUAUUUUGUAGCUUAGUAAAUAAUAAGUAUUUUUUAAAUAAUAAGUAUAUUUUAAAUUCAA